AUGCCUCUCUUCGAGAAUUCUCACCAUUUCACAAUCAAUGGGGGUACUUUCAAUGACUUUUCUCAAUCGCAUGGACUGGAACCGCUCGUGUACCUGGAGAGAUAUGCCGCUACAGGGGCUACACACGACUCGGCAGAUCGGUUUCCUCCACCACGGUGCCACGCAGAGACCCGAAUCCGAGUCCUCGACAGGAUUACAACAUGGGCAGCACGACCAAGGGCUGAGCGCCCGAAGUCGACGUUCUGGUUGCACGGGCCAGUUGGGAUGGGGAAAACCACGAUCGCACAGACAGUCGCUGAGGAACUCGAUGCCAUGGAUCUCCUGGGCGCUUCAUUCUUCUUCUCCCGAGCGGAUCCCAACAGGGACAAAGCGGCCAAGUUUGUGGCCUCACUGGCACUCCAGUUGGCGUUGUCGAUUCCUCAGCUCAAGCCUCAUAUCGAGGAGGCGGUGGUUAAGAAUCCGACGGUGCUCACCAAGGCGCUCCCCAUCCAGCUGAAGAAGUUGAUUGUCGAGCCUUUCCGGAAGAUACCGCCUUUGGAAGAGGAUAAGACGGUGCUCAUUGAUGGGUUGGACGAAUGCGACGGCGUACCGGAUAAGGAGGAGGAGCAGUUUUUGGUGUUGGAGCUCAUACAGACGUUACAACAAGCCAACCUCCCGCUUAUCUUCUUCCUGACCUCUCGUCCGGAGAGCUGGAUUGAAGAGGCCUUCGACGAGUUGACGGCUCUGUCCAGCAGCACCGAGAGAUUUGAUCUCUUUCAAAGCUCGGAGAACGACGCGGAUGUUGAACGUUUCCUCCGCGACAAUUUCUACCGUAUCCUCACUUCGCCCAAGCACCGUUUUGCUAUGUCGAAAGUCAAGCGCCCGUGGCCCUCAGAGGAGACGAUUCGUACCAUCGUCCGGGAUGCGUGUGGGCAAUUCGCCUACGUCGACACCAUCAUCCGGUUUAUCGACGAUCCGUACAGCAGCCCAGUGGAGCAAUUGGACAUUGUCCUCAGAGGGACUACAGGAAGCCACUUACAAGCUCCCCUUCAGCGGUUGGACACGCUCUACCGACAGAUAUUGGAAGCUUGCCCGAAGAGGGAAGAGAUGCUGUGUGCUCUUGGUUGCCUUGAUGCCAUGGGAGGGGCUCUUCCGACCAUGAAGCAGGUUGAUGCGUUCCAGCUUUAUGAUACUGCCGUGGUCAGGCGGGAAGGUGCGAUGGCGCGGUCACUUCGAGCAUUGCACGCUGUGGUCAGGAUGCCCGCGCCGGAGUGUAAUUUAGAGGGCGUAGAGACAGUCGAGUCGGACGCGACGUCGACCGCAUCCGAUGUCUUGACCCUCCAAACCCGCUUCUAUCAUAAUUCAUUCCAGCAGUUCAUUCGAUCCUCCACUAGGGCAGGCGCCUUUCACUGCGACUUUGAUUGGUUCGUUCUGUUUGUGUCCCAGAGAUGCCUUGCGUUUCUUUCUCGAACAUCAACGCCAGAUCAGGAACCAGACAGUGUUUAUUACAACGCCUCGAGGCUAUGGCCUUACAGCUGGUACAAGCUCAAGACUGUGCCUUUCAAACCUGAUACAGAUGUGUUGUUUCGCCAGUUUAUCGCGGCUCUGCUCAGCCGUGAUACUUCGAUCGAAUUUGUCCGUCAUGGAAACUCGACACCUGGUGACGGACCCAGGUUUAUGGGAAAUAUUCUUCAGCUAGGGUUCGAGGACUUUCCAUUUUCUUGGCAGUAUUGGUCGAUCCAGAGGCCGCCCCGCCUUGCCCAGUGCAUCUCACACUUGCAGGCGGGAUAUGACAGUGUUAUUGGCGGAGCGUUAUCCAAGAUGGACCCCGGGGAUUUGGAAUAUUUGAAGCAACUCGUUGAAGUCAUAUACACAUGGUCUCACCGUCCCCCGUAUCCAUUGUCAAUGGAAUGCCGGAGGGAGUCGAUUUCAUCCAAUGAUCCACUCGACUCACUUUAUUUCCGCGACGUCAGUGUUCGAAGAUUCCUUCACUCCAAUGGGCUUCCGACUCCCCUUGUAGCCUCGCUCUGGUUCCUCGAGAACGCCAUGGUUUGGUCGGACGCGGACGCCUGGACCCCUGUAAUCGUCUACUCGUUGUUCAACACCGAGUUUCACUCUUUCACGGCCUCUUCAUUUCGGUCGGAGAAGCAUGGUUUAUACAUCGCGACGGAGGAGAGGAUAUCGGCAUUCUGCAACUAUGUGUGGUCAUUGGUGGCGGAUGAAAUAGUUCCUGCCGACCAAAAGAUGCCAUGGUCAGCACUCAGUCCAAUUACCAUUGACCUCACACCCACUGACAUCACAUUCCUCAACAACCCGUCUGCGUUCGUGUCGGCCAUGCUAAGGUCGAAUGCAGGAGAAGGCGGAGCAGAUCCUGUGGGUUCUCUCUAUUUCGCAAACCUCAAGAUAACCAUUGCGGUCAAUCAGUGUCUUAUCAAGGGAAAUGUGUCGAUGGCCCUUGCAAUACUAGACUUUGCGGACGUCAUUGAGCAGGAGGCGAUGAGACUUACUUCAGGGGAUGAUUCGGCUGUGAACCAUUGGCCUGUGUCUAAUGGCUUCUUCAAAGAUAUGUAUGAUGCAUUACGGCGCGAUCCUGCUUCCAUUUUAGAUACCCUUUGUUCCAAGUCAUAG